CUGAAAAGACAAAAGUCCCUCUCACUCACUUGGGUGGUUCACGCACAGAAAGCCCCAUUUUUCUUAAACAAUGCACGAUGGAAUCUCUAUGUUCCGAGGCUCCCCUCGGAGCCCCUCUUACAGCUGUCCGUAUGUAGAUGUACAUUUGUGUGAUACUGUAUAUGACGUUAUAUAAGCCCUAGAUUUGGUCAAAAGGUGGUUUGCCAUGUUUCGCGGAUUCUGGUGUGUGUAGUGUAUGUUUAUAUUUUCUAGGGUUUUGGGUGGGAUUGGAGCUUGAGUUCCCUGGAAAUGGCGCUUUCCGUGGUAUGUCGGUGGUGGAUUGAGGUUAUUUCUAGGGUUUUAUUUGGGGAUUUCGGGAGUCAGAGUAUGAAAUCUGCGUUGGAGAGGUUUGAGAUUGGGGUGGAUGAAUAGGGGUAAAUUUGGGCGGUUUCAAGGGCUUAAGCAUUUGACCUUUGAGAUGGGGGUGUUUUCGAGAUUCAAACAAAAUAAGCCUGUGAAUUAGUGGAAGUGGAAGAUUUGGGGAAUUUUUUGACUAUCAAAGUCGAGAUUUGUGGAGAAUUUAAGGGGUUUCUUUAGAUAUCAGGUGCUCCAAGAGUGAGAUCAAUGAAUGUGGCUGAUUCAGAGUCCAGGCCUGUCCUUGGACCUGCCGGAAACAAGUCACAGAAGUCGGUGGGUGGCCGGAAACCGUUGACAAAGCCACUGAGAAAUGUCGAGAAAUCGCGGAAUGAGGUUGAGGCAUUGGCAGACAGGAAGAGUAGGCUUCCACCUUCCACUGAUAUUGUGCCAUUGACAAAUUCUUUACAUUCAGUUAGCAUUCCAUCUAUACUUCGUAAGCAAGAGCACUUGCUGCAUAUGAAUUUAUCGCUUGAUGUCUCAUGUUCAUCUGAUGCAUCCUCGGAGUCUUUUCGUAGUCGUGCAUCAACUGGUAGGAUAUAUAGAACAAAUAGGACGACAAUCCGCAGGAGGCAGUUGGCUUUGAAGUCAAAAAUUAGUGCACCGGAUGGCCUUUCAGAGCCUCUACCAGAUAGCUUACAGUCCAAGAAAAGGUGUGCCUGGGUGACACCGAAUGCCGAUGCAAAUUACGCUGCUUUCCAUGAUGAAGAAUGGGGACUUCCUGUGCAUGAUGACAAGAAAUUGUUUGAGCUUCUUGUCUUUUCCGGGGCUUUGGCUGAACUUACAUGGCCGGCCAUUCUCUGUAAAAGACACACCUUCAGAGAAGUCUUUGCAGAUUUUGAUCCUGUUGCUGUGGCAAAAUUUAAUGAGAAGAAGAUAACAGCAUCUGGAAGUACUGCAAGCUCACUGUUGUCGGAGCUGAAACUGCGUGCCGUUAUUGAGAAUGCACGCCAAAUAUCCAAGGUCAUAGAUGAAUUUGGGUCAUUUGACAAAUAUAUCUGGAGCUUUGUGAACUACAAGCCUAUAGUUAGCAGGUUCCGCUAUCCUCGUCAGAUCCCAGUGAAGACCCCAAAGGCAGAUGUGAUAAGCAAAGACCUAGUACGUAGGGGUUUCCGGAGUGUGGGUCCCACAGUCGUCUACUCAUUUAUGCAAGCGGCGGGCAUAACAAAUGACCACCUAAUUAGCUGCUUCAGAUUCGAGGAGUGCGUAGCUGCAGCAGAGCCAAAGGAAGUUGGUGUCAUCUUGGCAGGGUUGGAAGAGAAGACCACCACAAAAGCGAUGGAAUCAGAAGUAUGCAAGGGUAUGGAUGAUUUGAGUUUUGCUUCAGAAUGAUAGAUCAGUUGGCUUGAGCUGAUGUCAGUUAGGUGUCCGACAUCUGACAAUCAGUUUACUUCAGUUCCUCCUGCUGGCCCUGGUGGUAGUUGUGUAUAAAUACUUAAUGAAGUUCAAUGCAUUAUAGAUUCCUAGAUUGUAGAUUUGUAAUAGUGAACUUUAACUCGGGCUGAGCCCUGGCGAAGGGGAUCAAUGAAAGGGCCUUCAAUGUCGGUGUACAACUUUUUGUACAGUAGAAUAGGUGUUAGUAGCUGGAGCUUUCUUUCUAAAAUCAGUUGUUUGAAACCAGGGAACAGAAAAACCAUAUUUUAAUGCUGUAUCUGUAUUAUAGCUGCAAGUGGGGAUUGGAAGGAAUCCGUCUCUGCAUUUCAACUGUGUUAGGCAGCUAGAACUUGAAUUGACUGGUCAGGUGUAGCUUUUGAUUAUUAACUGUGCAUCAGAGAGUUUUAAGUUUCUGUCCCCUUGUCUGGGACAAUGAUAUAUAGAUCUGCCAGUUGGCCGAUUAGGUCAGUUGAGUUAGUAAAAUUCUUAA